CGUGCCUCGGUGUGACGGUGUCACGGCUCGUUGGCAGUCUGCAGCCCGGAUGGAGGCAGCUCGGUCCGCACGGCUGACCGUCGUACCUCUCGGCCCCGGUGGUUAAUAUGGAAUAUUUUCACCGAGCGAGCUGCCAGAUGCAUUUGCACCGGCGGAAAAAAGCAGCCCUGUAGUAGCGCAAAUUAGAAAAGCAGCUCACUCCGCCGUCCUUUAUGGCUUCUGGCUCCGGAGACGAGGAGGGAAACACGGAAGGCGCUUCAUGGAGGCUCAUAGGCCCAGCAGCGGGGCUCUCCAAGAAGCGCUGCCGUCUCAUGUACUCCUCCCUCGGCUACGACUCUGAUGUCUGCCUCUUCUACGUGAAGGGGGAGUUUUUUGCCAUGGAUGCUCGCUGUGCGCACUCCGGCGGUCCUCUGUGUGAGGGGGACAUCGAGGAGGCCGAUGGAGUCCUGCAGGUCUUCUGUCCCUGGCACGACUACAACUUUGACCUCAGGACUGGGAAGUCAGGGACCUCCUUACAGCAACAAGUGUAUGAAGUCAAGCUGGAGGAUGGCAACGUAUACGUGAAACACGCCAGUCGUCUCUCCUUGGAGCCUUUUCCUGCGGAUCAGAAGAGUUGAGCAACCUUAGCACGACCACCUCGUCCUCCAGCCCUUCGUGAAGCUGUUGUUGAGGUCUAUUUUUAAGACUUGUUCCACAAACCCAAGCCAUCUGAAACAUUCCUAAGCCUUAUCUGUCAUUUUCACAGACCGUUUCUACUUUGAUUGCCGUGAACUCAGGACGAUAUCGAGAGGAUUGUCUGAAGAGGACAUGACAUCAUGAGAUUGUUUCAGAGUUUUUCUUGUUGGCAUUCCAGGUAGAGAUAACACACCAGACAGUAGCAAACACAUGGAAACACAAAAUUUAAAUUUUCACAGCAGAUAGUAGAACAAACCAGCAUAUUUAAUCAAUGGCAGAACAGAAGUGAUUUUCCUAUACUGAUAAUUUUCUAGAUUUAUAAGGAUUCUUGAGGAAGGUAAUUAUUUCUGAUGAACAUGCCAUAGAUUGAAAUAUAUUCUGACAGUUUUGUCUUCCCACUUGAGCAGUCAAACUUGCACUAGCCAUUACAUCUUAUGUUGAAACCUGCAAACUGCCAAAGUGGAUCUGAUAGGGUUCUCACAGUCAUGAAAUUCCUGGAAAAGUAUUGAAAUGAGAAAAACUGUCAUCCAGGCCUGGAAGUGGUUUGGAAUUAACAAAAUGUUUUGGGGGAGUUUUGAAUAUAUAUUGUGUUGGCUAUUGUUUAAAACAUGUUCAUAAAUAUCCGAAAACAUGUCUAAUGUUAUGUGAAAAAAGUUCCUGGUACGUCACUGGUAUCAUGUGGUACACAUAGACCACACCGGCAUUGUGCAAUCGCCAAGAUUACGCCCCUGUUUUGGGAGAAAAAACGCGUCGUCACAUAAGAAGAGAAACAAGAAAAUUAUGAAAAGCUGUUGUGUAGUGGGUUAACCGAGACUCUCACAAUAAAAUAUGAGGUGUGUUAGAUUUGUGAGUAUUCACUGAUGCUGGUGACAGUUACUACUGAUGGAUAGCUAACAUUAGCUUGAGGCUGCUGCAGUACAGUCAUGCAGCACAGCAGCAUCAGACUUCAGCUAAAUCUCAUCCCAUAGAUCAAACUGUUGGCUACUAACUGGUUGCUUAUUUACAGACGACACUUAGCCUAACGAUACCUGGUGAUUCAGUCUGAUUGAAUCACCAGCUAUCGUGAUCUGGACAUCAGUACGUGAAUAGAUGUCUGAAAAAUCAAUAUCCGGCCAAAGGGACAUGAUUGCAAUCAACCAUAAUUUAAUAAGGUAUCACAGAUGCUCAGGUUCUGCAAAGUCACAAAACAAUUAUUAGGCAUAUCCAUCAAGUAAAUGUUUGUUUAACAAGAAAUAAAUGCAUACAAACAUGUCAAAAUUAUAAUCCAUCACGCCAAAUUGCACUGACAUCUGUCUGAUCUUUGGCUUUCUAUCCCCCAAAAAGCAGCACGGCCUUGAUGCUUUGGAAAGUACUCAUAUGUGCCAGUGCUGUCUAUUGGCAGAUGCAGCUAGUUCCUGAUGGAAAUGUCUAACGAGAGUAAAGGUAGCGAAUGCUAGUCAUUUGCUUUUCCACAAAUGCCUGGGAAGUGUGUCCUAACAUAGGCCUGCCCAUUUUAAACUGCUUAAACAAAGUCAUGGAAAUUGAGUAAAAUAUUGUGGAAAAGUUAUUGAAAGUUAUUUGAAAUGAAUUGGUAAAAAUGUGUGGGAGCCUUGAUCUGAAAAUUCAUCUCAAUUCUCAAGCACGCUUCUUAUCCACCUAUUGCCAGUCUUGUCUCACUUGUCUGCACUAGCAAGCAGGUAAUUCUGUGUUGUCAUACAGAAAAUGUUCCCAACUGUGUCCUCAUUAAAAUACAAAAUGAUCAUUUGCAAAAAAUCAAGCCAUAAUUGCAAUCAGGGGAUGAAUUCACAUGCAGAAAUGACACCUUUAUUUUUUGUCAUGCAGGAGGUAAAAGGAGUCACUAUGAUGUAUGAAAAAUGCAGUGCUAAUGUAGUAAUUUGUAAAUGCAGCUCAUGUGGACAAUGUGCAGAAUGAAUAGUACAGAUGAGUGAAAAAUGAAGAUUUUCAUUCAAUAUUUUUGAAAAAAUAAGUAGAUUCUGAUUAUCAGUUGUGGUAUGUUUGUAAUUUUGAGUUCCCAACUGACGGCAGUGUAUUAGCAUACGUAAUACAGCUCACCUUUAUGAGUAUAAAGCUUCCAGUGAUUGUCAGUGGAAGAAUUUGUAGAAUCAUGUAAUAGUGGAUGUGCCAUGACAGUUUCUUUCAGCAGCUAAUAUUUAAGCAAACUUGACAGUUUCGUGGUCAUUACUACCAAUAAUUCUCUUCCUUGUCUUCAGUAAGUGUUACCUGAAGCCUCAAACUUUUAAACUCGCACACAAGCUGAGUUGCGGUCUCUGGAUAAAUUUAGACACUUAUUCCAGUGAUGUCACGCAACAGAAACUCCCUUUCAGAAUCUGUGUUUCUGGACAGUUUUUGUAACCCAAUUAGAGUUCCAACAAGCAGAACACACAUGAAGGGCACUGCAAUUACGAUUGGUGGCGGUCCCAGCGCUAAGUCGUCUCCAUCAGCAUUUCUCUCCGUUCCUGGCCCGUGCACACACAGGUUUGUCUGUUGCUGACGCAAUGGGUUUCAAAAGGAAUGGUUAGUAAGGCGCCGGUGGAAGGUUCACGACCUGAAAUGCACCACUGACUCAAGAAAAAUGUGUUUUUCUAGCUUUUACGUGUGGCUGUGUGUGCGCACUGAUGCGAGUGUGUUUUCUUUAUUCCUUAGUGGUGAGACCAGUCACUCACUAUAUUUUCUGUCAGCUCCGUUUUCUGGCAGAGGCGCAGAGACCAGUCACGGAGGUGUCGGUGACAGUGCGGCUCAACACUCUCAUUUUCCUCCCCGCUGUGCUCCCCGCUGUACAACUUUAUUACAAUAAUAAUUCCACUGGCUACAUGAGGUAUGUGUGGUGUGCACUAUAGAUUUUCUGUGUGCAUUAUAACUCAUCACCUGGAGGAUAACAGGCGCACAGUGUGGAGAAGAUAUAGCUAUUUUCUGUCAGUAGAAAAGUAAAAGUAAACAUUGUUUGAGAUUCUGCUCAGGUCAGGAGUGGUUUCUUGUAUUUUUAUAUCUUUUUAUUACAUCCCACGACUCUUAUCGAGAAAACCAGCAUCCAUGUCAGCCUGUUGCUAUAUGUUUCCUCAAAUUUAUUUCAUAUACUCGGAUAAUUUUAAUUCAUUUUAUGGCGUGUUUGUUUUGUGAAUUAUGUAUCUGAUCACAGAUGUCUGCAAACACUGUUACUUUAGUCAUACUUAUUUUAACUACCUAUCACUUGUACUGUAAGCUGCUGUUGUUUUGUUUAAAGUAAACUGUAUUUAUUGUUGUGUCUUAUGCAAAGCUGAACAUUUUAUCUGUAUUAUUUAAAUCACAAAUUAAAUUAUUGUAUG